UAUUAGUGAAAGAAAUUACAAAAUCGGUCACUAGUUCCGGAGAUUGUACAAACCUACAAACAAACUUACAAACUUUACCCCUUAAGGUCGAUUUACAUCAAACGAGCGAAUGCUCAUUCUAUCCCCACUACAGCUAAUUCUUCUAGUGUAAACAGGCGUAGAGCAUUCCUUCGUUGUUCUUAGUGCGUUCGCAAAGAUUCUAUGGAAUAUUCUAAGAAUGCUCGCUCGCUUGAUGUAAACGGCGCAAGAGCGCGCGAACAGUUGCUUAGAGCGUUCUAGCGUGUUCGGACGUGCUCGCGCCACUGAGCGGUCUCAUCAAAGCGUUUUAGUGUUCUAGCGAUUGUUUACGUAUCUUAUCGAUUAAGUUAUGGAUUGGUCUCAAGAAAAAUGUUUAUUAAUGAUAGAAGCCUACCGCAAUUUCAGAUGUCUGUGGGAUCCGACGUAUGAAAACUAUAAAAAUACAACUUUCAAACAAGAUGCUUGGCGGGAAAUCGCAAAACAACUGGAAUGUAAUGUUGAAGAGGUACAAAAAAAGAUGGACUCGCUUCUUGCAUCUUACCGCCGGGAAAGGAAAAAAACAAUGAGUACGAAGUCAGGCAGCGGUGCCGAUUGUAUUUAUAAUUCUAAAUGGUUUGCAUUUACAAGCAUGCACUUUUUGAUGGACAAAUAUAAACCGAGGAAAACAAUUGAUUUCGACACUAACCAAAAUAAAAACAUGGCUGAUGAGCAGGAGAAUGAGCGAAUUGGACAAGAAACUCCGGUAGUGGACCCUAAUGCAGAUACACAGUCAGAUUCAACAACACAUUCACAACCUGCAGCUUCAGUAGGGUCAAUAAAUACCACACCACAAUGGCAACCAUCAACAUCACUGCAAUCUGGCCACACAAUACCACCAAAAAAAUCAAAACAUGAAGACCCUCGAGUAGCCGAAGCCUACCGUAUUUUAAAAGACACACAUGAUUCAAAGAUAAGGGACAAGAGUCAAGCUUUUGGAAAUCAUGUUGCUUCAAAACAUCGCGAAUACUCAAAAAGGACGAAAGCGUAUGUUACAUAAAUAAUAUACUGUUCGACGCUGAUUUGGGGAAAUUUGAUUAUGAGUCAAAUUUAGCAUCAACUCCGAUGUCUUCAUAUUCAAACAGUUCACAAAAUACUUGCAUUGUGUAUUCUGUAGCCUCAGAUCAAUCCCCUCCACCCAACCAAAUGGAAGCCAGUUCAGAAAGUAAUGUCAAUUUAGACCAACAAUUACACAUUCCGGAUGAUACCGCAACUGAAGAAACCAGCGAGUCUUUGCUGCAUUUUAUUAAACAUUUUAAGUAACAUGUAUAUCUUUUCUAGUUACUUUUUGUUUAUUUAAGUUCUCUGAUUGUGUUUUUUUAAAUAAAUAUCUUAAAAUAAAUUGUCUUAGUUUAUUUACUUACUUUCACUAAUAAUUACGGUCGUGAUAAUAGGUGUGUAGGUAUGUAUAAAAGUAAUAACUUUACUUACCUUAGCA